AUGUGGAUUCUACCCUUGGUAGGGUAUUUGGGGGUUAUUGUAGGGUUCGCUUUCCUUACGUUAGCGAUAGCCUCCGGCCUUUACUAUCUCUCGGAGCUUGUGGAGGAGCAUACAGUUCUCGCCCGUCGGCUGUUGUACCGGCUGAUAUACAGUAUCAUCGCCGUUCAGAUCCUUCUUUACUUAUUUGACCGAUUUCCUUUCUCCUUGACCGUCCUCAGUAUCGGCUCGCAUAUCGUAUAUGCCAGCAAUCUCCGCCGAUUCCCCAUAGUCAAGCUGUCCGACCCUCUCUUCAUUUUAUCAUGCGGGCUCGUCGGGUUGAAUCAUUGGCUUUGGUUUCGCCACUUUUCACAGCCAUUGCCUUCAUCGCGUGGCGCUAGUAGCUGGCGCCAACCAUAUCAGGUUAACGUGGAGGAUAUGCCAACCUUCACAGAGGUUGCGUCUUAUUUUGGACUCUGUGUCUGGCUGGUUCCAUUCGCGCUCUUCGUCAGCCUCAGCGCGGGCGAUAAUGUCUUGCCUACCAUGGGCUCCGAGUAUGCCACAGGCGACCGUGUGCCUAUUUCGGGGUUCACCCCGGGUACAUUUGCGUCCGACGGAAAGUCCAAGAACAAGGGAAUGGCCAAGGCCCUGGUGGAUGGCGUGCGGGACUGGGUUAAAGAUAACGGGGAAUUGAUGGGUUUCUGGAAGGGUGAACGGGCAAAAGGCUUUUAG